GCUGCGCUCAUUGGCUUUGUACCCGGUGGAAAUGCUUAGAGAUCUGGGAGCUAUGCUCAGUCAGCGCUAGAACAUGUGACCAUAGCUUUAUCCUAACAUUCAUCAAAUCAUGGUGUCUGUGGAAACUAUUAAGUGUGUGCGACCUAAGUGAGAAACUACGAGCUAAGUCAAAGCCUGCUUAAGGAAGACAACAUGAUGCGGCCAAAAUUACGGCCAUCUCUUAGUCGAAGAGUCAAGUAUUGGGGUAUCGCGCCAACUGCUCAUAAAAAGCUUGGGAAAGAGGCUCGUCGUGGCUCGCAUGAUCUGAGACGACUUGUUGGUCACGCAAACUUCCUCGACGUUCUUGUUAGCGAGCUUGAUAUCAGCGAUGACGAAGUAGACGUCACGUCUUCCGGCUCGAGCAAAGUUUUGGAGGAGUGUGUGCCAAAUGAGCCCUCGAAGGAGAUGGGUGAAGGCAAAAUGUCGUCUGAUGACAAGGACGACUCAACCUCCAGUGACGAUGAUUGGUUGGAGUAUGACGAUUCGGACGACGAAGACCAUGCGCUUGUCCGAACUUCGUCUGGACGAUCGACAACAAUCGAGGGUCAAAUAACCACACAAGACGACAUCGAAUCACGUUCGCAAAGCGAGAAUCUGGGAGAUUACUUCGGAUAUGAGAGUACAAGCAUGAUCCUUAGCACUCCAGUCUUAGUGCAAAAGUCAUCUCCAUCAAAUCUAGACAAAAAGAUGGAAUCCAUAGUAACCGUUGACCUCGCCAGUACGGAAAUGACACCCCUUCCUUCUCCGGACGACGAUUAGAUAUGGAAAUGCUCUGAAAUGGGUCAAACUGCGAGAUGGCUUCGAGAACCCAAGAGGUUUUCCAAGAGAAUUUGCACCGGAGUUUGGUAUUUGAACUGUUUUCUAGCCACGAGGAGCAAAAGAAAACUGAUCCACUGGAAGCACUUCUAUUGUAGACAUGAUUAUCCACUUUUUGUACGAACUAACGAUAAAUCAAUCUAAGAGCAGUCUUUCCACUCUUUUG